AUGGCAACUUUCUCACUUUGUGAAUCUGUGGCAAACUCAUCUUCCGUAUCAACAAUUUCCUCUUAUUGUUGUCCAACUGAUCGCACGCCUGAGGAACAGAAACCUGAAUGUCAGUUUCCCACAGAAAAUCAGUCGAAAAUCGAAGCCCGUGUACCGCGCCCUGGUCUAACACCUGCAAUCGCUCAGUAUCGGUGGUUACUUGCUCAACCUCUGGCGUUGUCACGUGAUCAGCUGGAAUUAAUUCGGUCAACCACCGAACGUGAUUGGCUCCGGACAGAGCUGACCAGUGAUUGGUUGGCUUAUCACCCGAUUGUUUCCACCAAUCAGAAAACACUGUGGCAAACAAGUUAUCGUAAUUUGUAUACCCCCAAACGAUUGGAUGAACCGACCAAACCUCGACCAACUUCGGGCAGUCGAAGGCACCGACCGCAACCGUCUCGGUGGGUCGAACAUUCUUCCUCCACCAGUAGAUUUGAUUUAAGCCGAUUAUCUGCUCAAUAA